UAAAAAAAACAAAAACAGUGAUUAAUCAGAUUCUUGUUGGGAACAAGUACUAUUAGAAAAGAUACUGAUUUAAAAAUUGGAUUCUGCUGCAGAGCAGGAAAGUAAUACUGCAAUUAACUUUCUGUAUUUGUGAGGUGGGGGAAAUAUGUUAACCCUUGAAUUUAAAUGUGGGGGAUGGUCUGGGAUUUUAAGGAGGUAUAUAUGUAGAACUGUUGCUUUUAUUUCUCAAUUGAUAUUUCUAAAAACCAGUAUUUGUCACCUAAUUUUGUUAACCUAAAUAUGAGUGUCCGUUUGCAGAAGAUUGUUCACAUAGAGUAUGUCUUACUUUCGUUCUGUGUUCUUAAAGAGCAAAUUGGGAGCUCUGUUUACAUGAGGGAAAAAGUAUUAUACCCGAGAGAGGAGAAAACCUGGAGAAAAAGAUCAAUCAUUUGUAUACAUGGAUUGUGUACCUGGACGUUUUUCUUUGUUUGGAGAAAGGGGAGGGAACUGAUAAUGUUUUGUUUUUAAGCCAAGUCUGAGUGUGCAACAUUGGUGCUAGUGGUAGUGGUGGGGGGGUUUGGGCAAACAGGAUCUGCUUUGAUAGUUUCAAUUGAGGGUAUCUCUCCUGGCAUUAUAGAGCUGGGCAAAGGCGACCAGCCCCUCCAGAGAGAUGGGGGAUGCUGGGGAAAAGGUUCUGGAUAAUGAUGCAGAAGGAGUGUGGAGCCCGGACAUCGAGCAGAGUUUCCAGGAGGCGCUGGCAAUUUACCCACCCUGCGGGAGGCGCAAAAUCAUUCUUUCAGAUGAAGGGAAGAUGUAUGGUCGUAAUGAGCUCAUUGCCCGUUACAUCAAGUUGAGGACUGGGAAAAUACGGACAAGAAAACAGGUCUCCAGUCACAUCCAGGUGUUGGCCCGGAGAAAAACACGAGAAAUUCAAACCAAGUUCAAAGAUCAAGUGGCAAAGGACAAAGCACUGCAGAGUAUGGCAGCCAUGUCUUCUGCUCAGCUUGUUUCGGCCACUGUCCUCCAGGAGAAACUAGGCCUGUCUGAACCCAACUAUCCAUCCAGCACCACCACUCAACCCACAGACCUUUUCCAUUUCUGGGCUGGGGAUGUAAACCAAGGCCAAACUACUCCAGAUAUCGAGGCCAACCUCCAGGCCCCAUAUUCCAUCACACCAAUUGCAGCAUCAACUGCUGCCCCAGGUUAUCCCACAACCCCAGGGAUGGACUCUUGUCUCCCCAGCACAACUACCUCUUGGCCAAGGAGUCAUAUUGGUACAGAAACACUUCGACUGGUGGAGUUUACUGCUUUUAUGGAGUGGCAGAACGAACUAGCUAUGUUUAAGGAGCAGCAUCGUUUUGUUCACAUUGAUCCAACACCCAUGUGUGAGCCACCCCUUGAGAUGGUGGACAUACGCCAAAUCUAUGACAAAUUUCCAGAGGAAGGAGGUGGAUUGCGAGAUCUGUACGAUCAAGGCCCUCCUCAUGCUUUCUUCUUGGUUAAAUUCUGGGCUGACCUAAGCUUUUCCCUCCUUGGAGAAGAACCUGGAGGCUCAGGAGGGGCUUUCUAUGGGGUGAGCAGUCGAUACGAGGGCCCACGGGCUCUGACUCUCAAUUGCACCUCCAAAGUCUGCUCGUUUGGCAAACAGGUGGUGGAAAAACUGGAGGUGGGUGAGACAGCCGAGCCUGCACACUGGGAAGACGGCCGCUAUGUUUUCCGUAUGCAACGUUCAGCACUCUGCGAGUACCUCAUUAAUUUUAUUCGCAAACUACGAACACUACCAGAAAAACAAAUGAUGGAUAGCGUGCUUGAAAAUUUCACCAUCCUGCAGAUUUUGCGGGAUCAAGAAACUCAGGAAUUGCUACUGUGUGUGGCCUUUGUGUUUGAAGUGUCUGCAAGCGAACUGGGAGCACAGCAUCAUAUCUACCGGCUGGGCCGGGACUGAGAAAUAGUUCACCAUGCUCAACAAAUCAAUCCCACAGCCAAUUAGGCCAUCUUCCUCUUAUCACAUCAUACUAGAUGGCAGAACCGAUGGCUGAAAAACUGCUGACCCCAUUCAUGUCAACUUUUAAGUUUAUUAACAGAUAACUUUUCUCUCUUUGAUGACCACAAAACCAAGCUUUAAGCUUAAACCUUUAAAAGGCUUGAAUCCAUUGCUCAGUAGACCAUCUUAAAGGUGGGAUGGUCCUUCUGGAAGAAUACUCUUUUGGUCAAAUCAUCUCGGGCAUGUUGAGGACAAUAGUUAAAUCUCAACUCCAUGUGUAUCCUUCUAAAUCUCCUGGGAGAACACUGUCUCAUGUCAUUGCUUCUUGGGACUUAACACUCCGUUGUAAGAAGAAACGAUAUUUCUUAGGACUCCUGUUUUGUAUGACUGUCAGGCUUUGGUGUACAUUAUUACUUAGUUCUCACAAACUGCUGAAGAGUGAACCCAUUCCUACACUAUCACGUCAGACUCUAGGGAAAGGUUUAUAUCAGGAAUGCGUAACCUGAUGCUCCUAAUUCACAGGUCUCCCUGGAUCCUUUUAAGAGUCCAUCACAAACAGUAGGGUUUAAUGUGAAGACCGUUAUUAUUCAGUGGCAGUAAUGAUAUUGUUUAAUACAAGUUUUAAGUCAAAUUUGAA